AUCAUACUUCCCAAAAACACUCACCAACACUACCAUCAUGCCCACUUCCAAACCCCCAUCUCUCCACCCCUUCCUUCUGCUACUAGUGCUCGUACUCGUACCGGCAACAAACGCCAUCGGCGUCAACUACGGCACUCUCGGUGACAACCUCCCACCGCCUUCCGAAGUCGCCCACUUCCUCAAAACCCGCACAAUCAUCGACCGCAUCCGAAUCUUCGACGUCAACACCGACAUCAUCAAAGCCUUCGCAAACACCAACAUCCUCGUGUCCGUCACCGUCCCCAACGGCGACAUCCCGUCUCUAACCGACGCACGCAACGCCCGCCGUUGGGUUGACACCAACAUAAAACCCUUCUACCCCGCCACCAAGAUCAACUACAUAUGUGUCGGCACCGAGGUUCUCCACUGGGGCCCACAAAACCUUAUUGACAACCUUGUACCGGCUAUGAAGGUGCUUCAUUCGGCGCUGGUAAAGGAAGGGUUUGAUGAGAUUAAGAUUUCUAGUCCGCAUUCGUUGGGGAUUCUUUUGUCGUCGGAUCCGCCAAGUAAUGCUUCUUUUCGACCCGGAUGGGAUGUGGGUAGUUUGGCUCCGAUGCUUGAGUUUUUGAAGGAGACUAAAUCUGGGUUUAUGGUUAAUCCGUAUACGUAUUUUGGGUAUUCUCCGGCGAAUGCUAACUUUUGUUUGUUUAAGCCUAACCCUGGGUUGUUCGAUAAAGGCACUGGAAUAACGUACACAAAUCAGUUUGAUCAACUGAUGGACGCCGUACACGUGUCCAUGAAGAAGUUGGGUUACCCAGAUGUGGAAAUCGUUGUGGCGGAGACAGGGUGGCCAUCAGGCGGUGACCCGGCUAACGUGCACGCUAAUCCGACAAAUGCAGCAGCGUACAUUAGUGGGUUGAUGAAGAAGGUUAACUCCGGUGAAGGAACGCCGUUAAUGCCUAAACGGAAGUUUGAGACGUACAUCUUUGCUUUGUUUAACGAGAACUUGAAAGGGCCGUCGUUGGAUGAGAAGAACUUCGGGUUGUUUCGACCCGAUUUUACGCAAGUGUACAACGUUGGGAUAAUGCACGCGUCGCAGGCUCCUUCUCCGUCACCGAUAGCAAGCGCCACCGCCGAUGGACCAUCAUCCUCUGGUGGUCCGUUUGACGAUGCUCCUUUCUUUAACAAAACUACACCUUUCACCAGCUCACCGGGCCAAGCACCACCAGGUUCUAUCGCCGCUGGUCCUACUGUGAAUGCUAACGUCCGUGAUUCAUCUUUAGGCACCACAAACCUGAAUUUUGCUGCAAGGUUUGCCGCGAUGAUCAUUUUAGUCAUGACUUUAUUCGUGUAGAUUUAGAUACCAUUGUUUUGGAGUAUGACGGCUUAUCAGAUAACAUUACGGAUGUAGUCAUAAUUUUUUUGUGACAUGUAAUGUUCAUUUUUUGCCCGAUUGAGUCAUCACUAUUUUGGGAUAUUGCAUGUAUUAAUGUAUCAAUCAGAUAGUUGAGAUAUUUUAUUUUAGCGCGUAAAUGCAUUUGUCGUUGGCUUUUGUUCCAA